AGCUCUGCAGCAGCCGGCUGAAGGGGCCGGCGGGGAAUGGCUGUAACUAGCAGCUCCGCUGCUUUGAGGCCGCUGUUCACGGUGGUCGCAACAGGACCGCGAAGACCUUCCACAUCCUUAUGGAUGACGUGGAUGCCGAGGGCGGCUCGUUGACGGGCCCACGCUCGAGCCCACCCAUACCGUUGAUGGCAAUGAAACGAAUGAGGAUGCCUUUCCUGCGGCCGGACGACGCAGCUGAAGGCGCCUCGGUUUCAAGACCUGAAGAAAAGUGGCCAGGAAAGAAAGCCACGCAGAACAAGAUUCCAUUACAAAGUACUUGCGAAACUCUUGAGGCCCCUGCGAAGGAGGUGGAAAGGUCAGAGGAGGCAGGUGAUGCCGGUUCAGACCUUUCCGAGGAUGUUUUUCACCAGGAGCUCUGUGGAGAAGAGAUGAUCUCCUUGGCCCUGGGAGCGCCUGAGCACUGGUCGCUGAAUUGUCGACCAUCUGCGCAAGAACGAAGUCAUGAGGAUGGCACCUGCGUCCCUUGCGUGUUCUACACCAUAAGCAAACGAUGUCACUUCGGGAAGUCUUGUGGCUGUUGCCAUGCCAGCAGCCAUCGUGAUCCACAGACGCUUUCCCGCUUCAGGACGGCCCGAAACUUGAAGUCUGCUCUACAUCUACAACGAAGAGUCUACAAGAUGUCUUCAGCCCAGGAGAACGGCCGGCACGGUCUCGGGUCUGCGGACGCGUCCGCGUCGUCCUCCACCACGGCCACGGCUGGCAGCCACCGCCAGCCAGAGAUGGAACCGUGGACGAGGUGCAGACCUUGGGGCUAAGUGAGGUGAUGCGGGUGAGACUUUAAUCCAAUGGGGUGUCCAACCCAAAGCACAGAGGGUGUCGUAUUGAUGUCAGGGGUCCACCCUGCUUCUUCAAGAGAUGUUUUUUCUCUCGGUCACUCUGUUUGGCGUCGGUCAUUGAGCUGAUCAAGCUGAGACUUUGUAUGCACCUCCUACUCAAGACCCUAGAAGUCCAAGGAGUCCAAGA